UAAACACCUCCCUGUUCGGGUGGAAUCCUGAGCAGAUGCCCGAACCACCUCGUCUGGCUCCUCUCCAUGUGGAGGAGCAGCGGCUUUACAACAUUUUACGGGCGGCCAAAACUGCAAUGUGGCCCUCAAUGAAAAGGAGUUUGACACCCCUCGCUAGCAGCGGCACCCGUCCGACUGUCAGGCCGUCAGGAGGAGCUCGCAGCCCCGCAGAGGAUUACCGGGAAGAGGCGCGCUCGGUCGCCAACUGGCGCAACUAUGCAGCGGACACCUUGAAAAAGAAAGAAAGAAAGACCCCCCCAAAAAAGACGCUCUUUUCCCGCUUCAGCAGCAGCAGCGUUCCAGCAGCACCUGACGAGCCUCCCCACGAAUGUCGUGUUUAUGAAGGUGACUCCAUGAGCCAGUGAUGGAGACCAAAAGAUACCAAAGUUUCUUUGACGGCAGCAGCACCGAGAACAGAUGGUCUCAGAUCCCCGGUACCACGGAGUUCUGCUGCACGCCCGAAGAUUUGAGUCUGAGCGGGGGCGACAUCUUGAUGGACAUUGUCAGCGCCGACGCCAAAGACGCCAAGGAGCCCGAGCAGCAGCCGCCGCUUCGCCCGGGCCAGAACCAGCAGUUGGCUCCGCUGCACUUCAGCAACCCUCUGCAUGGUCACAAGCCGGAGAUGGACUCCAAGGAGCUUUCCAAGACCGUGGCCGAGUCCAUGGGACUGUACAUGAACGCUGCCAGGGAGGCGGACUUUGCCUUCAGCCAGCACGGGGGUGGCACCAGCCCCAGGAAGAUGCAGUACCCGGGUUGUGGGCGGCCCCUCGAGGAGAACGCCGCCAAGAGCCCCAAGUUGAGACCUUUUAAGUUCCAGCAGCCGAGCAACACUCAGAGAGAGUCCGCCCCUGGGACUCCGGUGGGCUCUUCUUCUGUGCUGGCCUCUUCCAGCCCGGGGGGAGGGAACAACAUGGUGUCCUCCACCACCAGUCCCCCCGCCUGCUUUGGACCCUCGUCCGUCACCAGUCCUGUCAGCCAUACGGCGUGUGCACAAACCCUGGCCAACAUCAAGCGCAGGAACUCAGCCGCAUGUAGCCCCGUGGAGUCCAGCACGGUGGGCUCGCCCCCUCUCGCCAGCCCCCUGGGCGUCUUGAGGUCCCCCAUGUCCAGCCCGCAGAGUAUGAGCAGCGUGAGGUCGCCUCCGUCCUGCAGCACCGCCUGUAACAUGAGGUCGUCCGUCUCCAGCCCCACCAGCACGGUCCGUCCGCCCGCCUCCAGUCCGGCCACGGGGGCUACCAUGGAUAUCGGUAGCCCGCAGAACCCCUCUUCGGGCGGGUUCCCGGCAUCCAGUCCUGCCAGCGAACUGGGUUUGGUCCAGAAUGACAGGCAUAGCCCAGAAGCUGCCGGUCUGACUGCCGACCCGGACUUCAAACCCUUUGAGUUCCCCAAAGUGGAGAUGGAAGACGGGGAGGUGUUCAACGUGGGUUUGGACCAGAUGGGCAUGGUCAAGUACAUCAAGAACGAGCCAGGAACUGACUUUAGGAGCAUGUGCUUAGGCGGUUCCAAAUGCAACACGGCCAGCACACCGUUUGUCACGCAAAUAAAGAACGAGCCGGACAAAAACGAGGGUUGCAUGAAUCCGCAGUCCUACAGCGCGCCGUCGCCGCCUCUUGGUCUCUACCCCGCUUCGGAGACCACAUACUUGUCCCUGAGGAAUAACAUCGACGAAUACAGUCUCUCCGGCAUCUUGGGACCGCCGGUGUCCAUGAACGGGAACUAUGACUCGGACGUGUUCUCCAACAAUGUCCUGUCCAAAGCGGUGAAGCAGGAGUCCAGCGACGCCGGCUACUACCAGGAGAGCACCGGCGGGCCCACGUCGGCCAUUGUUGGAGUAAAUUCCGGCGGACACUCAUUCCAUUACCAGAUCGGAGCACAAGGAACAAUGUCCUUCCGGGACCAGCCCAACCCCUUGUUGAAUCUAAUUUCUCCCGUGGCGGCGCUGAUGGAGUCGUGGAAAUCGCGACCCGGCAUGCCGCAGGGGUCGCUGUCGGGCCGGGGAGAGGCAUACCCGGGUCAGAACUGCAUCGUGGACGGCAUGUCCAGGUAAGGAGCGUGCGAAUCUCUUUCCGGUCCCCGGGAGUCCUCAAAGCGCAGCUUUAGCGUCACCAUGUUGUGUCCUUAAAG